AAAGGAGAGACUGUUAAGAGGAUACGAGAGCAGAGCAGCGCGCGCAUCACCAUCUCAGAGGGGUGCUGCCCUGAACGCAUCACCACUAUCACCGGCUCCACUGACGCCGUCUUCCGUGCUGUCUCCAUGAUCGCCUUCAAGCUGGAGGAGCCGGCCAGCCAGUGCGGCUCCCUCAUCGGCAAGGCAGGAGCUAAGAUCCGGGAGAUCCGGGAGUCACCUCCGAAGGGAGCCACCAUCCCCUACCACCCUGGCCUCUCGCUAGGCACCAUCCUGCUUUCUGCCAACCAGGGCUUCUCCAUGCAGGGCCAGUACAGUGGGGUUUGUCCUGCGGAGGUGGCGAAGCUGCAGCAGCUGUCAGGGCACACGCUCCCUUUCGCCUCCCUGGGUCAUGCACCCUCCAUGGUGCCAGGCCUGGACUCCAGCUCCCAGAGCAGCUCCCAGGAGUUCCUGGUGCCCAACGAUCUCAUCGGCUGCAUCAUCGGCCGGCAUGGCAGCAAGAUCAGUGAGAUCCGGCAAAUGUCAGGCGCCCACAUCAAGAUUGGGAACCAGACUGAGGGCUCCAGCGAGCGGCACGUGACCAUCACUGGGUCCCCCGUCAGCAUCACCCUGGCUCAGUACCUCAUCACAGCCUGCUUAGAGACGGCCAAAUCUACCUCCCAGGCGCCGCCAGGCCCUGGCUCCAUGGACCUCGCGGAGAAAGCAGCUUCUAGUAUAAACUUAGAGGUGAUGCAAAACCUGAGCAAGGACUCCUCCAAAUCCUAG